CAGACAUGAAAUUCACUCUGAGAAUUCAAGACCUAACCCUCUCUCUGGAUCGCUGGGUUUAAACACUUUUUUCGGUUUCCAGCAGAAUAGACUCCACCCACCUCGUAUCGAAACAGAACCAUGGCGCGGUCAUAGAGCCUGCGAGCACAAGUAACAAAAGAAGAUACUUGUGGCUUUAAAGUACCUUAUACAGAGUCUAUCUAUUCACGAGAGAUGGACACCACUACUGUGGAUCCCGGCAAUCUUCCAGACGACAGUUUAUCUCCCUCUGUUGAAGAUGACAUUGAUAUCGAUGCACCGAGCGAACACGCAGAAGAUGAUAGCCCGGUCGAAGAUGGCGGUACUAUCGAAGAAGAGAAUGGCGAACUGGCGGACCUUCAUGCGGCCGUGAAUCAGAGUGCAGAGUAUGUGCCGAAUUCGAGGUUCACGUACUCAAGGCACAGCGAGAUGGCUGACUUCCGAGUGCUGCUCAAAACGCUUGAGCACAACCAUCGCGCGUCGCUGGCGCAGCAUUUAGCUGUUGCUGCUAGACUUUCUGCUCUUGAUCAGAAUACAUUCAGAACCAGAUCGAGCCGAGAGCGCGGGAAAUCGAGAUCGAGGUCGACGGAAUAUGAAGGUGACGACGAUAGUGGUGGCGACGAUGAUGACGACGUCAGUUUCUUUGAUGCCACAGAUGGCGGUGAGGGCGAUGACGAGGCAGAUGAGCUUCGGAAGAGGCGGAGAGUGAUUCAUCCGCGGUGGACAGCUUGGCCUCUUCCCAGCGAGGAACUUCUUCCUGAGAGCGACGAAGACAUCGCGCCAGCAUACGAUCUAGGCGAGAAUAUCGACUACCAAAGCAUCAGCGGGGAAACAGGUCAGCAACGAGUGUCUCCGUCGAAGCGAAAACGAGCUGUCUCUUCUGCUGCUGCUGCGGGGAAUGACAGUGUUGUUGAGAUUGAUUACGAGCAGGUGUUUGAGAAAGAGAGAAAGAAGAGACAGAACGACGAAACGCAGGACGCAUACGACCACUUCAGAUUCGAUUCACAUCGCUUUUUUACACCGCCUGAUUACUCCAAAAAUUUGAUGACCGAGGUUUCUUCUCUUGGUGUUAGGACAUUAACUACAAUGGUCACGGAGAAGAGGGAGCAAUUACAACGAGAGGCUAGGGAGAAUCAACAGGUAUCUGGAGACGGGCCUGCGACUGAGUUGGCUAGCUUACUGGAAGCCGAUGGUGAGGAUGACUCAGAGCUAGACGAUAUCAUCCUUUCAAACUCUGAGAUGGAAAAAUCCCUUCUACUUCCAUACCUGCACCCACACAUACUGCAAAUGAUCGAUGGCUUAAUCGAUACUGUUGCCACCGUGCGCAAGUCCCAAGCACCAUCUAGCUCUCGCGAUCGUCUCUCGCAGAUGGACUGGCGAGAUUUACUCUCUCUGGCAGCGUUGAAGGGGAUGCCUGCGCUUGACGACGUCAGUCCUGAUGCAUGGCUUCGUGUGGUGGAGUCAGUGAGAGAUCGCUGCGAGACGUUGUUUUCUAGCCAGCAGCCAGCGCCCAAGUUUGAGAUUCUGAAAAACGAUGCAAAAGCGAAGGAGGUGGACUUACCGGGGCAGAGUGUGAAGGAAAAGCAUUCGAAAAAGAAGACGGAGACGAGGGUGGAGAUGGAGAUGAAGAACGCGAGCGAGUCGGAGACGGAGUGAUUUUGUAUUUGUGGUUAGCAUUAGCAUUUAACGGCGUUUAGGCAGACUCUGUUAUUACAGUUCUUCUUUUGUUAAUUCCAAUUGACAGCUAUUCUUCAUAUA